UUUCCACUCCCAAGACGACCAAGACCCACUGUCGGACUCCGAAAAGGCGGACAUCGCACCAAAAGUGGAGAAGUCGGGCUUCUCCGCCUCGCCUUCACUCUCCGAUCACCGGAACUGCCAACUUUCAGUCCGAAGUGUUCGCCAAUCAUAAACUCCAUCAGUCUGCAAACGCGAGAGGUUCAAGAUCUCCGGAAUCGGAACCACCCGGUGUCGAAGAAGAACAUAAUAUACAACGGUCAAUUAAGGAGGGCGGGUCAACUAAGGAGGGCGUCAUCAUCGAUAAUUCUGAGCAAUUUCUGCUGAUUUUCUAGGUUAAAAGGCGAGCUCGGCAGUGAAUUGGAUACAGAAUGGAAUUCACUAUGCGUAUAACCUCAGUUAGUGUUUUGUAAACUCUGAGCUAAUGUAUAUAUUUUGAUAGUGGCUCUUUGCAAAGAGUAUAGUUAUCGUGUAAAUUUAAUAGUUAAUAAUAAUAUAUUUUGUAAUUUGUAUCUGUUCCACGGCGCCUUGAGCGAGAGAUCGCUCGGCGGGCGGCCUUAGAGUUUUGAGCUCGUUUUAAUUUGAGCUCGAAUUUCAGGGUCCUCACACUGUAUGUCUGGAAGAUUGGGAAAUUUGGGAGUAUUUGCCCUGCUACUUAAGCGAUGGAUGCUCUGAUCAUUUUUAGCUAGUUCUAUUCGAAGAUAAAUCCCGGUUUUGAUCCAAUUGAAUGCGUGGGUCUUUAUUUUUAAUUUUAGAAUGGCUCAUGUGCGGAACUUGUCAUUUUCUUGAACUCUAUCUGCUAUUGACAGUUGAUUCUUGUCUUCUUUUACACUCCUCAUCUGCAUUCUGAUUAUUAUGCAUAUUUGGGAGGAUUCUUUAGGUCUUCCUGUUUAAGUUUUUUUUCUGCAUAACUUCUUCGCUUGAUGUAUGCGUACUCUGUUCCUUCACAUGAUCCUACUCUUUGCCAAUGUUCGAUUCGCUCUUUUCUUUUUUUUCCAAUUUUUGUGUUGAAACAUCUUUGGGAGGAAUCUUGAGGUCUUCCUGUUUUAAAUUCUUGUCUUUGUCUGCAUAACUUCUUCUUUUGACGUAUGCAUACUAUGUUCCUUUAUAUGAUCCUACUAGCCAUAACACAUUGUUUGUUACAGUUGCCAAGAUUUGGAUCUUCAAUCACCUCUCCCUUCAUACCUGCCUGCGUCUCAUUUAGUUUAGGUGGCCAUAUUUCUCGAUCGACAUGGACACAGCAUCACAGGCAGAUUCUGGGCAACACACUGAGACCCUUACUAUUCCAAUGUCGUCAUCAUUGCCAAUUUCUUCUGCUGCAGAAACUAGGAGCACAAGGCCGCUUUCUGGGUUGGGAGCAACUCACCAAGGUUUCAUGGGAAAACACAGAAUGGCAGCAGCCAUAGCCUAUCUUGAUCAGCAGAUCCAAAUUAUCCAGGAAGAAAUUGACCAACUGGAAACCCUUGGUGAAUCUUCUAUCGUUUGCAAAGAGCUCUUAGCUGGCAUCGACUCAAUUCCAGAUGCUUUACUCCCCGUGACUAAAGGUCCAGUGUCAACGGAUUGGGAGAGAUGGUUUCAAGGUGGCCAUGGCUCCAGAAAUCGCAAAAGAUGGAUUUAGUCAGCAAUUGUUUAGUGACAAAGGUAAGAUGGAAAGGAGCAUAGAAGGUUUGUUGGCCAUUUUUAGGGCCAUAAUUGUUCUCACGGUAUGGAUGGUCUGCUGAUGUUUUCUGUUGGCCUGUAUCCAUUUGUUUUCAUUGAAAAUGAAAAGCGUCAUUUGAUGUAAGCUUCAAUUGCCAGUUACAACUUCGAUACUGCUGUCAAUAUGUACCCAGUAAGCUAUUGAAAAUGCUAGGCUAUGUUUUGCAAUUCAAGGAGUCUGAAUAUGAUGAAUAUUACUCCUUCCGUCACAUAAAAGCUCGUUGACUCUCUAUGGGACGGAAGGAGUACACUCAUUUUUUGCUUCAAAAGAUACGCAUGAUAGCUGUACAAUAUUAACAACUAUUACAUUAGAUACAACGACUUGCUUCAAUAGCUAUAGUAGUCAUCUAUGAAUUAUUUGUGGUCUGCAACCUUUCACCAUCAAUCUUCACUUUGACAUCACACAUGAAGCAUAAUCAACAUAUAUUUACAUAGAUUAUGUACAUAGGCUUACUAGCUAGAUUCUACUAAUAGAUGGAGCAAAAUCCUUUUCUCUUGCCUCCAAAUUUUCGACUUGAAUAGAGGAACAGGCUAGUUUUGGUUAUUGGAAAUAAAACUAGCCAGCUAAAACCAAGAACUGGGAGAUGAAGAGCCCAAAAAGCGAGACUCCAUAAAUGGUCCAGUAAACUAGCUUAUAACAUGGAGAGGAGAACAUAGACAUGGCAAGAAAAAACGUAGUGACAGCGAAGAAAAUCCCAAGGUUUUCGAAGAAAAUUCGCACCAUCUCUAAAUCCUGGGAUAUGAAUAGGGAUAGGGAGAGCAUAGCAAAAGAAAGUGUAGUAGUAAGGCAAGAAAAGUGGAAGGAAUUUGGAACAUGGUCAAGAUUCUGGAUUUCUAACAUAGGUAUACUUAGAGAUGCAAAGCAGAACUCCAUAACUUGGAUUAGGCGAUCUAGAUCAGCAACGCGAGACUGUUGUAGUACUUCUUUACGCAAACGUGAUUCCAACAUUUCUUUGUAUGUGUGUGAGAGGGGUAUUUGUGAAGAAAUCUGAUGUUUGCGAUUUUUCUC